UUUCAUCCAUUCCUUUCGCAAACAAUGAGUGUGCUCACAUAUACCCAUCCCGUGAUCUACAAUUUCGGCACGUCAGCAACAACCGGAAUUUCUGAUUUUCCCGAUAUUCUGGCACAAACUGAACACGGCUGUUCUGUACUAAUAGACGGAAAUCACUUAAGAGAGAUUAUCAAUUCAGUGGAUACGCAAGACGGAAAACAAGAUCUAUUAUCAGACGUUAUCCGACAGCUGACAUCAAUAAAAGAGAGGUUAACAAACGACGAGAGUCCUGUCAAAGACGAUUUAAAAGAAGAUCCUGACGACAUGAGCCCGGUAAGUCGUCAGCUCAGCGUGCGUGCCUUUCAUUGCUUUCUCCUACUUUUUUAAUCACACUUUAACUGGCAUGUAAAAACAGUCAAGGGCGUGUCAAAUUGCGCAAGACAAACAUCUACCGUCAUUCUAGUAAGUUGCGUGUUCGCUUUCAUCUUUCCGCCGUAUAUAGGAUUGGAGAUUUGUUGUCUUAAGCCAAUCUUGUCAAUUCUCGCAUUCUCGAUUGUUACUUGAAACUUAAAAUCAUGCUACCGCUUAUUCCCAUCAGAAACUUCCAAUCAGUAGGGGCUUUUCAAUCGGUAAUUCGUUUCGAUUUUUCUAUCACCAUUCCAAGUGUCCACUUACUGUGUAACAAUUUUGAAACCCCGCCCCUCUUGACCCUUGUGUGUAGGCUUCAAUGAUAGAAAGCGCGACAAAGAAAAAUAAUUGCAUUUUUCUUUGUCUACUACUCAUUCUUUGCAACAAUAAAGUCAUGUGGCCUAUGGUUCAGAUGCUCCAUGCCGGCAAUUUCGACUCGGAGAUGCUCCUGAGGCAGCACGAACUGAUGCAGCAUCAGCAGCAACAAAUGAUAAUUGCUAACAUGUUGAAAGCCACCCAAUCUCUCCCACUCCUUUUUAAUGGCGGUUUGAAUUAUGAAGCUAUACUGAACAAUCCCGUCUUAAAUGCUACUAUUGCUGGACAUUUGCCAAAUCCUCUUGCAUCGAACAUUUCCUUGCUUCAAAAGAGUAUUAGCGCAAAACUUGCAGCCGCUGGAAACAUGCAAACAGUCGAAAAAGUGGAGACACCUUUAAAUCUUUCAAAAGACACCCCAUCUCCAACUGCUAUUCCACAAUCUCCACUAUCUGGAUUUCGGCUACCAUACUCACUUGGGACAAAUUAUGGAAGCGAUGGUCAAUUAUUUAACAAUUGCUCACCAAAUUCCAGUGGUAAGAGCACGCCUGGUAACACAUCAGUAACUAGUGAAGUAGCAACUCCACGACCACAGGCCAAAUCACCAAACCAUAUCAAAAGACCAAUGAACGCAUUCAUGGUAUGGGCUCGUGACGAGAGACGAAAAAUUUUGAAAGCGUAUCCGGAUAUGCACAACAGCAACAUCUCGAAGAUCCUCGGAUCUCGUUGGAAAGGUAUGAGCAAUUCCGAGAAACAGCCAUACUAUGAAGAGCAAUCACGGCUGAGCAAAUUGCACAUGGAGCAGCACCCGGACUAUCGGUACAGACCACGUCCGAAGAGAACAUGUGUGAUUGAUGGAAAGAAGGUUCGAGUCAACGAAUAUAAGACAAUCAUGAAGACUAAAAAAGAUUUGAUGUGGGGAGAUGAGCCAGGAUUUUCUCAACCAUCAGAUCUACAAAUGGACUUGGCAUCACAUGUAAAUCUUCUCAACGACCUCACACAGCACCACCACCAGUCACAUCUCCUACAAACAGCUGAAUAACUUUAACCAAGCGUGUCAUUCCAUCUGAUCCUCCAAACAUUCUCUGUAUUUUUUAAAACCCCCACCUUCGAAUUUUGUCGUGUUGUUCUCAUGCCAGCUUUACUUUGGUACUCCUCACCCACCACAUUUACUUACCUGGUCCAUCAUGUAUUAUUACAGUAUCUCAAUUUUUAUUUUUUUUAGCAGAUCGGUUUCUUGAUUUUCAAAAUCUUGGACAAUCAAAAUCUGCUUGCCGGUGGACCAAUGCAUUUUUUUUCCAUUCAUUUUCUCUUUCCUUUCCUCAUACAAUAGCAUAAUCUGAAGCGUUAUUUCCUUUUCUAUGUGUUUCCUUAUUGUACCUCUUUCAAAAGCUUCCCACACUCCAAGAAUCUCAGCGUUUCCGCAUUGUUUCCUACAUAUUCUGAAGACUGCAUUUCAGUUUGAUUUACUGUGUUCUUCAUAUCAAUUCCUUUCCUAUUCAUAAUAGGCCUUUUUUCCAUUUUUUUUCCUCCUUUUACUGCAUUGUGUUCCCAUUUUCCACCUGGCACCAGAUCUUUUCCUUUAUCUUGUUGCAACCUUAGGCUAGUCAUCAAUCAAACAUCCACUCCCGUUUCCAUCAAAUUUUUACUCUAUGCAUGCAUCUGAUUAUGGUUCACACUCAAUUUUCUGAUAAAUGUCAUAUUCAAGAACA